GGAGUGUGGAAACCUAGUUGCAAAUAUGGUUACCUCUUACCCUCUCCCGGAAGGAUUCACCGAGACGGAGGUGUUUGCUAUUGGCACCACUCUUCUGAUUGAAGCUCUGCUUGGUCUGCUUUUAAAUGGCUUGACGCUCCUUUCAUUCUACAAAAUCAGGGAGCUUAGGACCCCUAGCAACCUGUUCAUAAUAAGCCUUGCAGUGGCAGACACUGGACUGUGCCUGAAUGCAUUUGUGGCAGCCUUUUCCAGUUUCUUAAGAUAUUGGCCAUAUGGCUCUGAAGGAUGCCAGAUUCAUGGAUUUCAAGGAUUUGUGGCAGCUCUUUCUAGUAUUGGCUCUUGUGCAGCAAUAGCUUGGGAUCGUUACCACCAAUACUGCACACGUAGCAAGCUCCACUGGGGUACAGCAGUUUCAAUGGUAUUAUUUGUCUGGGGAUUUUCAGCAUUUUGGUCUGCAAUGCCUUUGUUUGGGUGGGGUGAAUAUGACUAUGAGCCUUUGAGAACCUGCUGCACUUUGGACUACAGUAAAGGAGACAGAAAUUUCACCUCAUUUCUAUUCACAAUGGCUUUCUUUGAGUUUCUCGUGCCCGUCUUCAUCCUACUGACCGCAUAUCAAUCAAUAUAUCAGAAAAUGAAGAAAAGUGGUCAGAUCAGGUUGAACACAAGCAUGCCAGUAAAAUCACUUGUUUUCUGUUGGGGUCCAUAUUGUCUGCUAUGCUUCUAUGCUGUCAUUCAGGAUGCAACCAUCCUCUCUCCAAAACUAAGGAUGAUGCCUGCUCUCUUGGCCAAAAUUUCACCUGCAGUGAAUGCCUAUGUAUACGGACUUGGCAAUGAGAACUACCGUGGAGGCAUUUGGUUGUACCUUACAGGACAGAAACUUGAAAAAGCCGAAACUGAUAGCAGGACUAAAUAAGGUUCUUAACUUAGGAACAAAAGCUAUAUAUGAUUAUCCCUGUACCCCUUACUCCAGUGUAGAAAGUAGAUAUUAUUUUGAUAUAUUUUGUUGCACAUAAACAAGGUGAAUGCACUGCAGACCCAAUAGUUUUAAGUCAGCCUUGUGUAAAUGUUAUUAUGCACUUGUUAUAUUAAUGUAUGCAGAGUUUCUUUUUAUUGGUUUUUUACUCAAUCCAAAUUUAUUUGAAUAUGGACUUGAGAUGAAAGCUGGUAUACUUGUGAUAUUAUUUUGAAACUGAAGUACAAAUAAAGUACAAAUAAAUAAAUGCUAAAACCAUA